AUGCAUUUAGAAAUAAUCCCGCAGACCGCUCAGGACGACAAUUUGUGGUCUUCAUCUAUUGCUUCGUUAGACGGCUCUCCAGAUCAUUCUAUGCAUGCUGUCUUGGCUUCCAAACAUGAAGGGGAUACCACCAAGAGCACGGGCUACACUGCACAUAUAGCAUAUAUCCCGGAAUCUUCUCCACAGGUUGAUAUUUUAGACGGAAAUAAGUGUGCAGCAAUUCCAACUUCUUAUUCCAGUCGUGUAUCCUACGAUGAAGUUAAAGAGUCUCUCGGC